AAAAUUAAUGCCUGCAGCAGUUCUAUUAACGUAAUUUUAGAGUCCAGACUAUUUCCUUCAGCAGAACUGAACUGUUAAAUAGCUUUUUAUUGCAUUCAUUCUGGUAGAAAUUUCAAGAAGCUUCAACUUGUAAAUAUUUUCAUCCCACCUGAAUCAUAGAUAUUUGGAUUUUAACUGCAUUUGGAAUUCAUCUACACUUAAAAUGCCACCGGCGGUUGGAGGUCCAGUUGGAUACACUCCCCCAGAUGGAGGCUGGGGGUGGGCAGUGGUAGUUGGAGCUUUCAUUUCCAUUGGUUUCUCUUAUGCAUUUCCAAAAUCAAUUACUGUGUUUUUCAAAGAAAUCGAAAGUAUAUUCAAUGCCACCACCAGUGAAGUGUCAUGGAUAUCCUCCAUCAUGUUGGCUGUCAUGUAUGGUGGAGGUCCUAUCAGCAGUAUCCUGGUGAAUAAAUAUGGCAGUCGUCCAAUCAUGAUUCUUGGCGGCUGCUUGUCAGGCAGUGGCCUGAUUGCGGCUUCUUUCUGUAACACUGUGCAGGAACUUUACUUGUGUAUCGGUGUCAUUGGAGGUCUUGGGCUUGCCUUCAACUUGAAUCCGGCUCUGACCAUGAUUGGCAAGUAUUUCUACAAGAGGCGACCCUUGGCAAAUGGACUAGCCAUGGCAGGCAGCCCUGUGUUCCUGUCUACCCUGGCCCCCCUCAAUCAGGCUUUCUUCGGUAUCUUUGGCUGGAGAGGAAGCUUCCUAAUUCUUGGGGGCUUCCUAUUAAACUGCUGUGUGGCUGGAGCCCUGAUGCGGCCAAUAGGGCCCAAGCCAACCAAUGCAAAGAAAGAGAGGUCUAAAGAAUCCCUUCAGGAAGCCGGAAAACCUGAUGCACAAAAAGGGGCAGGUGAUGCAAAUACAGAUCUUAUUGGAGGAUACCCCAAGGAGGAGAAACAGUCAGUCUUCCAAACAAUUAAUAAAUUCCUGGACUUAUCCCUGUUCACACACAGAGGCUUCUUGCUAUACCUCUCUGGAAAUGUGCUCAUGUUUUUUGGACUAUUUACUCCUUUAGUCUUUCUUAGUAAUUAUGGCAAGAGUCAGCAUUACUCUAGUGAGAAGUCCGCCUUCCUUCUUUCCAUUCUGGCUUUUGUCGACAUGGUAGCCAGACCUUCUAUGGGACUUGUAGCCAACACAAAGUGGAUAAGACCUCGAGUUCAGUAUUUCUUUGCUGCUUCUAUCGUUGCAAAUGGAGUGUGUCAUCUGCUAGCACCUUUAUCCUCCAGCUAUAUUGGGUUCUGUGUCUAUGCGGGAUUCUUUGGAUUUGCAUUUGGGUGGCUCAGCUCCGUAUUGUUUGAAACACUGAUGGACCUUGUUGGACCUCAGAGGUUCUCCAGCGCUGUGGGAUUGGUGACCAUUGUGGAAUGCUGUCCUGUCCUGCUGGGGCCACCACUUUUAGGUCGUCUCAAUGACAUAUAUGGAGACUACAAAUACACAUACUGGGCGUGUGGCAUAAUCCUAAUCGUUGCGGGCAUCUAUCUCUUCAUUGGCAUGGGCAUCAAUUAUCAUCUUCUGGCAAAAGAACAGAAAGCAGAGAAGAAGCAGAGAAAGGAAAGUAAAGAGGUUGAGACCGGUGUGGAUGUUGCUGAGAAACCAAAGGAAGUUACCAAUGCAGCAGGAUCUCCAGAGCAGAAAGGCACAGAAGGAGACCCCAAAGAGGAGAGUCCACUCUGAACCCAUGGGGCUGAAGGGUAAAUGGAGCAACUUGUGACCCAAGAUAUCGGAAAAUGUUCUGCUGGCCUGUAAUCUACCAGUGGUGCUCAAUGCAAAUAGCGGACAUUCAUAUGGAAAUCAUACCAGGUGUUAGUUGAUGGAAUUUUUGUUUCACUCCUUACCAGUAGCCUGAAUUAAAAAUGCCAUAUCUUUUGGGGGAGGGAGUGGUUGGCAAAGAAUGAGGGAAGAACGUCUUUUUUUUUUUUUUUUUUAAUUUUAGCUUUUAACAGUUACAUAAAGAUUAUAGUAUGUGCCUUAAGUUUUAGUCUUUAGAACUCUUUAGGGAGCCUUAACUUUUUAAACCAUUUUGCUGAAUUCAUCUAUUUUAAGUGUCACAUUAAAAGAAAAAGUAACUAACUUGUUUGAAGCAAAUCUAAAAUUUUAAAUUAUUCUUGCUUCAUUGUAAUGUGUAAUAUAUUGUCAGACAUUGUCACUGGAAGAUUUAUGAAUAGAAAUAUUGGUUGGAAGUUGGGGGUUUUGUAAAAUUCUGACUAAAAUAUUUUGCUAGCAUCAGUAGUUGCCUGGCAUGUGUGCCUGCUAGCUAUCUAUAUAUUUAGGAAAUUUAAAGCAUAAAACUUGGGAAACAUCUUGGCUGUUCUAGACACGUACUCAUAAACACCCCUCUAGUAUCUUUUCUUGGGAUGCUUACUAGAAGCCUAGUGCUUGAGAGUUGAUUUCAUUAAAUUAUAUUUUUGCUCCCCUUUUCAGAGACCUAUUUUGAGUGGUUAUAGAUCAUUGCCCUUUUGAGAUCACUUAGUAUGAUUUUUUUCACUGUAAAAAUUAGUAUUAAAACAUAGAAAACUAUAUAUUUUUGCCUCCUUAGUAAGUACAACAUAUCUAAUUAAAUGUAGACAGAUAUUUCAAACAGCCGCUGCAUUCAGCUUAGGUUUUUCCAAAACCUCAGUUGAACUGUGAGACUUGGAAUCUUUUUGUUUUUCUUGGAAUUUUCUCCCUUUGAUCCAUAGUGGUUCCGUUUAUAUCUGCAUCUAGCUUAGAGCUGGGUGUAAGAUAGUCAGUCUUUGUAUGUUUACGGUUUUUUACCCCCCAAUGUUUGCUAAUUAAAGAGAGCCAGAGAAAUUUGGCCCCAGGCAAACCAAUAAAGGAUAAGAUUGGCAGGGAAGUUGCUAAGUGUACUUAGUUUCAAUUCAUAAUUCCUUUUCUUUUUUCUGAGAAGGCCUUAAAGAAAAUUAGGCUUUGCUUAGAAUUAUUGUUCACAUUCUUACUCUUGACACAAAUAUAAAGAUUUGUGAUCCUUUCACUUACCUGAAAAGUAGAGAAAUGGGUUUAUUUUAAGGAUAGAGGGAGGACAGACCAGAAUGAAACUGUAUUUCUUAGCCUAAUAUCUUUUAAGUUGAGGCAGGAAGAUAAUGAUAGACAUUCAAUGAACUAUAUUCAAUGCAUUCUAAAGUAGCAUUGUAAUUGACAGAGUGAAGGUAUAGAAACCUUGUGUAAGAAGCUGGCUUUUCCAAAUAAACUUUUUUUUUU